AUGCCAAUUGACGCAGCUACAUUCAAGUUCGAGACUCCACAAUUCGACCCAAGAUUCCCUAACCAGAACCAAUCCAAGCACUGUGCUCAAACAUAUAUCGAUUACCACAAAUGUAUAAAUGCUAAAGGUGAAGACUUUGAGCCAUGUCAGUUAUUCUUCAAGACGUUCACUUCAUUGUGUCCUCUUGCAUGGGUUGAGAAGUGGGAUGACCAAAGAAGUGCCGGUACUUUCCCAGUCAACUUGGAUGCUUAA